AUGGGGAGAUCGGAGACUUUGUGGGGGUCUGAUUGGGCAGAGUUCAAACUUGAGUGGUGGCUUGAGAAGGACGAGGCAGAGCAUAUUCAGUGGAACUCCAUGGGGAGAGACGCGUAUACGUACCCAGUUUUCCAGGCGAGGCCGAGGAUUUGUUUGGGAAAGAGAUGGCGAAAAUUUACUGAAACUUUGAAUAUUGGCUCACCUUCGUACGUAUGCAACUAUUGUGGUGCAAUAGUAUGGUAUGAAGAGAGAACAAUAAAAUCUAGAAGACCUGCUAAUCCUAAAUUUAGCCUUUGUUGUAUGGAUGGUGAAGUGCAGUUGCCUUUGCUUAAGAAACCACCUGCUACUCUUCAAGAAUUGCUAAAUCCAACUGGCGACCAGCGCUUAACAAAUUUUAAGGCACAAAUUAGAAGUUAUAACGCCAUGUUUGCUAUGACAUCUAUGGGUGGAAAAGUGGAUCAUAGAAUCAAUGAUGGAAGAGGUCCUUAUAUUUUCAAACUUAAUGGUCAAAACCACCAUAGAAUUGGAACACUACUCCCAGCCGAUGGUCUAAGUCCUAAUUUUGCACAAUUAUAUUUCUAUGAUACUGAAAAUGAAGUUUCAAAUAGAAUAAAUGCCUUGAACCAAUCGAACAAUAGCCAUGAUUCAUUUAUUGUUGAUGCUUUGGUCCGAAUGCUAGAUGAAUCAAAUGUAUUGGUCAAGAACUUUCGUAUGGCUAGAGACCGUUUUAGUGAUGGUAAUACUCAUCACUUAAGAUUACGUCUUAUUGGCUCACGAUCAACUGACGGAAGAGUACAAAAUCUACCUACAUGUUCCGAAAUAGCUGCAAUUGUUGUUGGUGAUAUUGGUCUUGAUAAUACACACCGUGAUAUCAUUGUGGAUUAUAAAGAAGGUGGAUUACAAAGGAUAAAUGAAUUGCAUCCAUCAUACAUGGCACUGCAGUAUCCUCUUUUAUUUCCGUAUGGUGAGAAUGGUUAUAGACUUGGUAUUUUACGUAGAAGUGUUGAUGGAACUAGAUCUAAUACAAACAAUUGUGUUACAAUGAGGGAAUAUUACGCAUAUCGAUUGCAAACAAGACACAAUGAGGGCCAUACAUUAAUAUAUGGCGGCCGCUUAUUUCAACAGUUUGUUGUUGAUGCAUACACAUGUAUUGAAGCGAUUCGACUUAUGUGGGUAAGAGGUAACCAAAGUGCAUUAAGAAUUGAAUUGUAUUCUGGAUUGAGGGAUGCAGUUAUGAGGGGAGAUACAACCCCUGCAUCAGUUGGAAAAAGAAUUGUUCUGCCUUCGAGUUUCACUGGAAGUCCAAGAUAUAUGAUUGAGAAUUAUCAGGACGCAAUGGCGAUUUGUCGAUGGGCAGGUUAUCCUGAUUUAUUUAUUACUUUCACAUGUAAUGCGAAAUGGCCAGAAAUUGAAAUCUUCCUCUCAAUGAAUCCUGAUCAGAGACCUGAAGAUCGGCCAGAUAUACUAGGAAGAGUUUUUAAGAUCAAACUUGAUCAAUUAUUACAUGAUCUCAAACACGAACAACACUUUGGAAGAACAGUUGCUGUUGUCUACACAAUUGAAUACCAAAAGAGAGGAUUGCCUCAUGCUCAUAUAUUGCUCUUCUUACAUCCUGAUAAUAAACAUCCAACACCAACAGAAAUCAAUAGGAUAAUCUCAGCAGAAAUUUCAGAUUUGCACAAAGAUCCUCAAGCUUAUGACGUUGUUAAACAAUUUAUGGUUCAUGGUCCUUGCGGUUCUAUAAAUCCUAAAUCAAGUUGUAUGAUCGGCAACAAAUGCAUCAAGCAUUUUCCAAAGAGAUUUUGCUCUGAAACUACAAUUGAUGAAGAUGGCUUUCCAGUAUAUAAAAGAAGGAACAACGGAAGAUUUAUUGAAAAGAAUGGUGUCAAAGUAGACAACCGAUUUAUUGUUCCUCACAAUAUUGACUUAUUGGUGAAGUAUCAAUCACACAUAAAUGUAGAGUGGUGCAAUCGUUCAAGGUCUAUCAAGUAUUUAUUCAAAUAUAUAAAUAAAGGACCUGAUCGUGCAACAUUGAUGCUUGAAGAGAAUUUACAUGUCGAGGGUUCUUCUGGAAUACAAAAUGUUACAGAUGCUGACGAAAUAAAAACAUAUUUAGAUUGCAGAUAUGUGUCGGCGAUAGAGGCAUGCUGGAGGAUCUUCCAAUUUGAAAUUAAUUAUCGAGAACCUCCAGUUGAGAGACUAAAUUUUCAUCUAGAAAAUGAACAGCCUGUCAUGUUUGAUGAUUCUCAUCAUUUAGACAAUGUUUUGAAUCAGCCAAAUAUUAGAAAGACUAAAUUUACAGAAUGGAUGAAAGCAAAUGCUUUGUAUGAAGAAGCAAGAGAAUUGACUUAUUCUGAUUUCCCUUCCAAAUGGGUUUGGCAUAAUAAAGAGAAAGAAUGGAAAUUGAGGAAGAAAAGAAGAUGUGUAGGAAGAAUAUUUUACGCUCAUCCUGGAAGUGGAGAACGAUUUUAUUUGCGAAUGUUACUAAAUAUUGUCAAAGGUCCUCGAUCUUUUGAGGAAAUAAGAACUGUAAAUGGUGUAUUGUACCCGACUUUCAAGUCAACAUGCUACGCUCUUGGAUUGCUUGAUGAUGACAACGAAUGGCAUGAGUGUUUAAACCAAGCAUCGCAUUGGGCUUCAGGUAAGCAACUCCGUGAACUUUUCGUCACAAUGUUAAUUUUUUGUGAGGUUGCUGAUCCUAAUAAAUUAUGGAUGUUGAAUUGGAAUUUGUUAUCUGAAGAUAUAUUGCAUCGAGAACGAAGAAUUUUACAAUAUGAGGACCUACAUCUAACAGAAUUGCAAUUACAAAACUAUGCACUAUGUGACAUUGAAAAAUUAUUGAACAAAAAUGGAAGGUCACUGAGAGAAUUUGAGACAAUGCCAUAUCCAGACACGUUACUACUCAGAGAAGGUAACAAUAGACUACUACAAGAAGAAUCUGACUAUAAUAGGAUUUCUUUGGCAGAAGAGCAUAUAAAACUUUUUAGUGGUCUAAAUUGUGAACAAAGGAAUAUAUAUGAUGCAAUAAUUAGAUCUGUUACAAAAAACAAAGGUGGUUUUUUCUUUGUUUAUGGACAUGGUGGAACUGGAAAGACUUAUUUAUGGAGAACCUUGAUAUGUCGAUUGCGGUCCGAAGGAAAGAUAGUCAUUGCAGUUGCAUCGUCUGGAAUUGCAGCACUUUUGUUACCUGGCAAAAGAACUGCUCAUUCAAGAUUUCAGAUACCGAUUAAUGUAACUGAUAACUCAACUUGCGGGAUCAAGCAAGGUUCACAUCUCGCAGAACUGGUGACAAGAACAAGUCUUAUAAUUUGGGAUGAAGCUCCUAUGGCUCAUCGAAAUUGCUUUGAAGCUUUAGAUCGUUCACUAAAAGAUAUUUUACGCUUCAGCGAUCCACAAAGUGGAGAAAAAUCCUUUGGAGGAAAGACGAUAGUCCUUGGUGGUGAUUUCCGACAAAUACUACCAGUUGUAGCAAAAGGAAGAAGAGAAGAAAUAGUUGAAGCAUCAAUUAACAGAUCUUUAUUAUGGAAGAACUGUACAAUUUUUACUUUGACAAAUAAUAUGAGACUCCAACAAAAUCAAGAUGAUAAUGCUGCAAAAGAAUUUGCACGGUGGAUUUUGAAAAUAGGUGAUAGAGAAUUAAAUGACAAUGAAAGUGGAUCGUUCAUUGAUAUACCACUUGAUUUGAUAAUUCAACCUAAGACUCAUCCUAUUAAUGACAUUGUGAAUGAUAUCUACCCUGAGUUGCAGUCCAAAUACACUGAUGCUAAGUAUUUAGAAGACAGAGCGAUUUUAGCUCCAACAAAUGAUGAUGUACAAGAGAUAAAUGACUACAUAAUUGAUCUUAUUAACGUUGAUGAAGAAACAUAUCUCAGUGCAGAUUCAAUAUGUAAAGCUUUGAGCAACAAUCAGGACCAAGAAAUUAUGUACCCAAUAGAAUUUUUGAAUUCAUUGAAGUUUCCAGGUAUUCCUAACCACAAACUCAGACUCAAAGUUGGAAUACCUAUAAUGUUACUUCGAAAUUUAAAUCAAAGUACUGGACUCUGCAAUGGUACAAGACUUUUAGUCACUCAGUUGUCAAAAUGGUUCUUAGAAGGAAAAAUCAUCUCAGGAACUCAUGUUGGAGAUAAAGUGUUACUGAAUCAUAACAAUAUGAACUACACAUCUCUUUGUCAAAUUUCACCCGACAAUGACACAUGGAUCAUAAAAGUAAGAAUUAUAAGGAUGUGGGAUGCAGUAAACAUUGCACAAGGCAAUGAGUUGAUCAGUCUAGAUCUGAUCAUGUCGGAUGAAAAUUUCUAA